UCUACAAAGAAAGACAAUGCCAUAAAUUUAAAAUUUUGCUCCAGCAUCAGUUUAAAAUUUGUUUUUGCACAGAAUCGAAGGUCUGCUCAUCACUUAGGCAUUUUACCGAACUCAGAAGGUUGCAACACAAAAGAACACCACCAAAGUCGCCAGAUGGCUAACCUAAUCCAUUAAGUCAAUCACAUGUCAAGACCAUAGCGAUAAUACAAUUUGAGUUGCCCGAACACCUCAAAGCACUCAAUCCGCGGCAAUCGCGGUAUUAGAAUAUAAGCAGACAGGGGUGUGCGCUUCGUUUGACGCAAAUCAUAUAAAAGGAAGCACCACCGUUUCUGGUCACCAGUCCGCCAAAGGAAAAGGAGAGAAUGCGACUCAGGAGCUGCAUGCACUUCGUUGCGCUGGCGAUGCCACUCUGGGCACUGGCCUUCUGCCUCUUCGUGAUGGUGCCAGUCCCAGCCCAGUCAUCUAGUUUGGAGAUCGCAAAAGAGGAACGGCGGCUACAGGAAUUGGAGUCAAAACUGGGAGCAGAAACAGACCAGUCCAACAUAAAUUUGGCUGGACCAUCAGUCUCGCGAUUCGGAGAUAGGCGCAUGCAAAAAAACCCUAGUUUUGGUAGAAGGGUCCCACUGAUUUCUCGACCUAUGAUUCCAAUCGAGUUGGACCUGCUGAUGGACAAUGAUGAUGACCGGACAAAGACUAAACGGUUUGACGACUACGGUCAUAUGAGGUUUGGAAAGCGCGGAGGGGACGAUCAGUUCGAUGACUAUGGCCACAUGCGCUUUGGCAGGUAAACUUAAGCCAACUGUUUGUCAACGGGAUGUCAUCUGGUUUUUUACAUUUAUGUAAAUUGUAUAUAUACUUAUAUAUUCUUAACGCCUAUUAACUAGUAUUUACAAAACAAUAAAUGUGCGCAUUCCGAAAAUGGA